UUGGGAGGCGCUCCAGCCUUCGCCUUCGCCUUAGAUGUCAUACCUGGCUUCCAGCGCAGAUCCUUUGGCCUUCUUGCUUAGACCCUAUUUCUUUCUGUCACAGACCUGCUGGCCUCCUGAAUCAGACUUGCAUGCGACCCUGCAGUGAGCUCCAGGCCUUUAAAUGAACCUUUUGGUCUCCAGUGCGCAGACAGACCCUCUGCACCCACCCUUCCUCAUCUGGCUCUGUCAGUGGCCACGGCAAAGUGCAAGAGGCUCCGUCCCUGGAGAUCGAUGGGCGAUCGAUGACGAUGACGGAGGAGCCGCGGAGCCCAGGGCGCCUCUCCCGGGCUGGGCUUCAGCUCUAAAACCUGCAGGCUCGAGCCUCCUGCGGAGACCGAAACCGGCACCGACCCGGAGAAAGUAUUUUUACCACCUUGCAACACUGACUGGAAAAAGUCUACAAAGAAACCGUGAGCAGUCAGAGUUCACCCACCAGAGACACAGAAAGAUAAACUGAUCUGGUGCUAAUCCUUAGGUCGGAGGCGAGAAGAUGAGAAGAAGAACCAGGGUGGAAAGCUAGGAGGGAAGGGCACCGAAAGUUGACCGCUUUGCUAUGAAUUGGGUAAAUGACAGUAUCCCCCGGGAGUUCGUUCUGUUGGGCUUUUCGGACCGGCCAUGGCUGGCGCUGCCGCUUUUCGUGGUGUUCCUGGUUUCCUAUGUCCUCACCAUCUUUGGCAACACGGCCAUCAUUCUGGUGUCGCGUCUGGACGCCAAGCUCCACACCCCCAUGUACUUCUUCCUCACCAACCUCUCGCUGCUGGACCUCUGCUACACCACGAGCACCGUGCCCCAGAUGCUGGUGAACAUCUGCAGCUCCCGGAAGGUGAUCAGCUACGGUGGCUGCGUGGCCCAGCUCUUCAUCUUCCUGGCCUUGGGCUCCACUGAGUGCCUGCUCCUGGGUGUCAUGUCCUUCGACAGGUUCGUGGCCAUCUGCCGGCCUCUGCACUACUCGGUCAUCAUGCACCAGAGGCUGUGCCUGCAGCUGGCGGCUGCCUCCUGGCUCAGUGGCUUCAGCAACUCACUGCUGCAGUCCACCUGGACCCUGCAGAUGCCGCUGUGUGGUCACAGAGAGGUGGACCAUUUCUUCUGCGAGGUCCCCGCUCUGCUCAAGUUGUCCUGUGUGGACACGACAGCCAACGAGGCCGAGCUCUUCUUCAUCAGCGUGCUCUUCCUUCUGAUCCCUGUGAUCCUAAUCCUUGUCUCGUACGCGUUCAUCGGCCGUGCAGUGUUGAGGAUGCAGUCAGUGGAAGGUCGACGCAAGGCCUUUGGGACAUGUGGAUCCCACCUGAUAGUGGUGACGCUGUUUUAUGGCACCGCCAUCUACAUGUACCUGCAGCCACCAUCUCCUGCCUCCAAAGACCGGGGAAAGAUGGUGUCACUGUUCUACGGGAUCAUCACGCCCAUGCUGAACCCCCUCAUCUACACGCUGCGGAACAAGGAGGUAAAGGGAGCUUUCCGGAGGCUGAUGGCGAGGGCCUUCAUAAUUAAAAAACAAAGACUGUCCAAAUGGUAAGUCUUGCCAAAGACAGGAGUUUACAUGUCCUAAUUUAAUUCUAGGUUGCUUUAUUCUCACUACUUUCAAAGAAUGAUUAUGGUGAUUUCCUACAAAUAUGUGCUGGAUAGCGAACCACUUAUUUCCCACCUCAUAAGUACACUCAUUGCCCGAGGUCUAGGGCAAGGAUACAGCUCGGCUGCCUGGCAAGCACAAGGUUGUGGGUUCAACUCCUGGUACCAAAAUAACAAAAAAGUUCUGUGCUUUAUUUCCUUCUUGUUUUGAAGUUCUGUGUUGCUUUCAUUGUUUUGUUUUGAUAGAUUUUAUUCUAUUUUGUUUGAUUUUAUUGUGUCCGAUGGUGUGGCAGCUGUUUUAAAAAUAACAAGAGGCAUUAUGGUAGCCAUUGUCGAUGUCGUAAAUUAUCUUGUUUUGAAGUCUUGUGUCACUUUCACUGUUUUGUUUUGAUUGGCUUCACACUGUUUUAUUUUAUUCUUUUAAAGUAAAAAAAUACAAGUCUUUAUUUUUAAACAAAACAUUCUUCUAUGUUUAACCUUUAAUCAGAUUGUUUAAACUUCAAGUCUAAGUUCUCAGUCUGGCUGGUUUAUAUAUUUGGGAAACAAAUCUUAGAUCUCUUUGAGAUUAGAAAAAUAGCUAGGAAUCCUUUCCUGAGAAAUAAAACUCCUGCACAGACACGUUGACCUCAACACCCGCACCCACAGCCUCCCCCCAAGCCCCACACAGUUUCUCAGCCAUUUGUAAAUCUAAAAGAAGCCUGUGAAACCAUCCAGGGUGCCCCUCUUCUUAAUUACAAGAUAAUGUAAUAGCCCUAGCUUUCCGUUUAACUUGGUGUCCAUAUAAACACAAUACUAAAAUCCACAAUGAUUUCCCCCACAUUUUACUUAUAACUGCUAUUGUCUUGUUUCUAUGAUUUUCAUUUCUCCUAAACUGAAUUCCUGUUCAAGUCCAUCUACCAAAUAAAAUUGUACCUACAUUUUACAUUUGUAUCAAAUAACUGAUUUUUGGCAUUUUUAUGAUUUUCUCUAUUACACUUCCUCCUUUAACACCUAAAACAUGUGUAGCUUAAAUCCUGACCUUCCGCACAUCAUGAAAUGAUGUCCACCGCUUGCCAGUGCCCUUCUCUUGUGAGAGGAGUUUGCUGACUCCCUCCCGGUUCUGUGGGGCAGCACGGGCUGUACUUUGUCCUCAACCAUGCAGUCCUUCAGAGCUCAUCAAAGUACUAAGGAAAAUCUUUGCACAUUGUAAGAUGCUUAUUUGUUUGGUGUUGUGACUUGUUGCACUGUAAUUAACUGCUUCUGUCCUAUUCUAUGGUCCCAAUUAAUCUUCCAUCAAAUGUAUCACUAAAAGCAGAAAAUGUAAUAGCUAAGAAACACAAUUGGAUUUUUUCUCCAUGACACCUCACAGUAACAGCUUCUGGGGUUUGUUUUGUUUUGUUUUUGUUUUUGAGAUAGGAUCUCGCUAUAUACUUCAGGCUGGUCUUGAACUCACAGUAUAGCCCAGGUUGGCCUCCAACUCCUGGUGAUCCCUCUGCCUCAGCCUCCUGAGUCAGGGAUUACAGCUGUGUGCACCACAGCAGGCUAGGACUGCUUUUAGCCUGGUGUAAUUCUAACACAGCAUGGUGCAUCUUAAAUGUUGAAUGUGCCUCAAGGCCACCCGGAGGCCUUUUAAAAUUUGGAUUGCUGGGGAUCACUCUUCCUCUUCCUCCUAAGGUGCCAGCGGGCCUGGAUAGAGACUGGGCUUUGCAUCCCCACAAAUUCACAAGUAUGCAUAUGUGUCUGAAACCAGACCGCAAGGCAUGGCGGGCCUUGCCUGUAACCCCAGCCCCAGGGGAGGCUGAGACAGGAAGAUCACAAGUUUAAGCUCCACCGGGGCAAGGUAGCAAGAUGCUGCUUUAAAAGUGAAGAAGAAUUUACAAAGGGCUGGCAGGAAGUCAGAGGUAGGGUGCCUCUGGGUUCUGAGUCUCAGUACUACCGGAAAUGACAAGGAAAGAGAAUCCCCAAACAGCAACAAAAGCCUUGCUGUACUAACAGUUAAAACGAAGGUGUUGUGUUGAGUUCCUGUCUUCCUUUAUCUAUAUUAAAAGGAUUGACAGUUAAAGAGGAAAUGGGCAAACCACUAAAAGAGUUUAUUGAAAUCUGAGAGGACAUUCAUUAGAGGAUAUAGCCUCAUAUUAGAUUUUUGUCUUUAAAGUCCCAGUAAAUGUUACACCAAAUUUCCAGAGAUAAAGUCUGAUGUUAUGUUAAUGUCAGUUUCUCUUAAUGAAUUAUAAGAAGACUUAGCAGAGAACCCGGAGUGGUGGAAAUUGAGGUAUCUUACAUUUUUUAAAUGAACUGAUUCAACACAUUGUAUACUAAUAAAUUUUAGAGGUGUUCUUAACAAAAUUUGUAAAUAUUUUUCUACCAGAUAUAUUUGCUGACAAGUUUAGACUACAUUACCUGACUCCUAGAUAUGUUAAUAAAUCUUAAUAAACACUUUAGAAUACUUUUGUAAAACUAGGAAAGGUGACACUCUGUGGUGUGGGAACAGUGCAGUUCACAGUCCUCCUGGCUAAAAGCAUGGCACAGGUUCCCAUAAGAUCAAAUAUAAUGUACCACCUAUUUCUAAAUGAACUCAUGAAGAGGCAGCUUUUCCUGUGAGACCACCCUCGUGGAUGAGGGGAACCAAACACAUGAAGCAGUGCUGUGUACUAUGCGGACCUGGACAUGUUCAGCCCGUGUUUCUGGACCUUGUAAAUGAUCAAAGUGCAAAUGCUGUGAUAUGCAUUUAUUGCCUGAGUGCAGUCAUUGUAGAUAUUUCUGCAUUUUAUUCCUAUGUAAAGUCUUUUUUGUAAUUUUUUCAGAUACAGGUUUUACGAAAGUUGUAUAUAAACAGAGUUUUAAUAUUUUU